GGGGCUGCCUCUUCCCGGAGGAAGAUGGCGGCCGUGACCACUCUGAGGAGCAGCUGCAGGACCGCGGGGCGCCUGGUUUGUGUUCACCACAUUAGAUCGUGCAGCAGCAUUCGCUUUAUAAAAUCAAAAUAUGCGUGCGUGUUUGACAAAUCUGCCUUCAACUUUAGUCAUCAACAGCGAUUAUUCAGAACAUCUGCUGUUUCACAUGGCCAAAUUGUCCAGUUUAAGCUUUCUGAUAUUGGAGAGGGCAUUACAGAGGUGACUGUGAAAGAAUGGUAUAUAAAAGAAGGUGAUAGUGUUUCUCAAUUUGAUAGCAUCUGUGAAGUGCAAAGCGAUAAAGCUUCUGUUACUAUUACUAGUCGUUAUGAUGGCAUCAUUAGAAAACUCCAUUACAAUUUAGAUGAAAUUGCUUAUGUUGGAAAACCACUUGUGGACAUUGAAAUUGAUGCAUCAAAAGGUGUUGCUCCAGAAGAAGAUGUUGUUGAAACACCAGCUAUGUCUCAUGAAGAACACACACACCAAGAGAUAAAAGGUCACAAAACAUUAGCAACACCUGCAGUUCGUCGUCUGGCUAUGGAAAACAAUAUUAAAUUGAGUGAAGUUAUUGGAACAGGGAAAGAUAACAGAAUCCUGAAGGAGGACAUUCUCAGUUUUUUGGCCAAACAAACAGGAGCUAUCCUACCUCCAUCACCAAAGGCUGAAAUUAUUGCACCGUUGUCAAAAUCAGAGACAGUGCCAACUGCUCCAAAGGACAAAGCGCGCAAAAUUCCAAUACCUAUUUCCAGACCCGUUGUGUUUUCAGGAAAAGAUAAAACUGAACCCAUAACAGGCUUUCACAAGGCAAUGGUAAAGACUAUGAGUGCUGCCUUAAAGAUCCCUCACUUUGGUUAUUGUGAUGAGAUUGACUUGACUCACCUUGUUCAGUUGCGAGAAGAGCUCAAACCUUUAGCACAAAGUCGUGGAGUUAAGCUUUCCUUUAUGCCUUUCUUCAUAAAGGCAGCUUCUCUGGGAUUAUUGCAGUAUCCCAUUCUUAAUGCUUCUUUGGAUGAAGGCUGUCAAAACGUCACUUACAAGGCUUCACACAACAUUGGAGUUGCUAUGGACACAGAGCAAGGUUUAAUUGUCCCAAAUGUGAAAAAUGUUCAAGUCAGUAGUAUCUUUGAGAUUGCUUCUGAAUUAAAUCGCCUACAAGCCUUGGGCUCUGCCAGCCAACUGGGAACAAAUGAUCUCACUGGGGGAACGUUCACCCUUUCAAAUAUUGGCACAAUUGGUGGUACUUAUGCAAAGGCAGUGAUUCUACCUCCUGAAGUCGCUAUUGGAGCACUUGGAAAGAUACAGGUUCUUCCUCGAUUUAAUGGAAAAGGUGAAGUAUUUAAAGCACAGAUAAUGAAUGUGAGCUGGUCAGCUGAUCACCGCAUUAUUGAUGGAGCUACAAUGGCCCGUUUUUCUAACCUCUGGAAAUCUUAUUUGGAGAACCCUGCUUUGAUGCUGCUAGACCUUAAAUAAAGGAAAUCACAGCUAGAAUAUGCCUUUAAACUGUGUUAGACUGAAUAACUACAAAAGCUGGCUUUGCUAGCACAUACCCUUUGCUACUCAUGUUAUGUAAUAAUUUUAUGUGGUUGAAAGCUCUCAACAGCUGAUAUCAGUCUAUUCAUUAAUUGUUACUUCUUUCAAUUAGCAGUGCUGUAAUUUCUUCUACAGCAGGCUGUCAAUAGAUUAUGGCACAACUUCUGAAUGUGGUGAUGGAUUGUCUUUAUUUUGCCUUCUUUAAUACAUAUGAUUGUAAGACUGGUGUAAAUGAAUUACUGAUCUACAUCUGUAGUAUUUUUAAGCAGAUUAACUCAUUUUGAAGGUAAAAACGCACAGUUCUUCUUUGUUGGAAACAUAAAUUUGUCUUAACAGAUAAUAUCAAAAUGCCCAAAAGAAGUUAUGCAAAAUUAAAUGCAAAUAAAAUUCCUAUUAUGCAUCUGC